GUAUAUAUGAUAUUAAAGUGUUAUACGGAUUUUAUACGUGUUUAGUAUUGGAGUCAUCAAAUGAACGGGAAAAACGAAACACCUCGACAAUAAUACGGAUAUGAAAGUUUUAAACGAAUAAAAUACGUACGAUCAUAUAUAUGUGGUUAUAUGUUUUUUUUUAUAACAUGUGGUUAUAUGUUUUCGGGAAUAGGUGGAGCAAAUAAGUUUUCUUUACUUACUUAAUUGUAUCCUAAUAAUAUGUCUCGUUUUUAUUUAAUUAGGUUUAUUGGGAAAAGACCUACGGGUCCAUCCGCACUAUGUGCACAACAUAGGAAAAGUAGGAUGGAGUGGGUUAUGCGAGAGAAUCUCUUUAUAUGGAUGGUAGGACAAGCGAUAGAGCAAUCAAUUUAUAUGCAUAGAUGACGAUCAUAUCCUCUCUAUUGCUCGCUUAAUAGCUCCGAGAAUUGAGGAUCUCCAAAGGUGAUCGCGAGGAAUCCUAGGGUUUUGUUUCAAAUCGUAUGAGCGACGCCGGCGAGAAGCUGGUGGCUCCGCUGGAGCCCUUAAGCCAACAGAUUAGUGGGGAGCCUUUAUCCUCACCGGUGCAAGUUUCUAAACGUCCGAAAACACAGAGUGAUACAGAUGUUACGGGUAAGGGUCCGAUGCUGUUGGACCAGGGACAACCACUGAUUGCUUCAGAAUGCAGGUAUCCAUAUGAGAACAACAAAGAUGUGAGUGGAGCGGGUGAACAUCCAACCUCUAUCAAUGGGGAGAUGAUACCAUCGCAGGUACCGCCGACUGCCCAAGAAGGUAUACCUCUAUCCUACAAGGAUACGGUUCUUGGAAAGGGAGCAGAGCAGUCGGACGUGAACGGGAAAGAGAACGAGGACAAUGAUGAGGAAGUCCUCAUGGACAGUGACAACGAAAGGGAGCCUGACUGUCCCAAAGUUAAAAUCCCAAAAGAUUUUAACCACCGUCGAGGCCAGCGAUGGCGCAUGGCCAUCAUCGUCCGGGUCCUGGGACACUCAUUCCCAUUCUUGUUUAUCCAACGUCCCCUCCAAACUAUGUGGGCAUGCACUGGUUCAGUGACAAUAGCGACAAUGGGACAAGGCUUUUACUAAGCUCGGUUCUCUACUGAACACGACUAUGCUAGGGCAUUGAAUGGCGGGCCUUGGAUGAUUGAAGAUCACUAUGUCCUUACGAGGACAUGGCAUCAAGGUUUUGAACCGGGUGAGCAGGAACUGUCUCACAUGCUUGUAUGGGCACGCUUCACCAAGCUUCCAAUGGAUUAUUAUGAUGAGGAACUAUUGAGGAAUAUCGUGAACUCCUUGGGAAGAUAUAUCAAGAUGGAUGAAGCUACUAGACAAGCCACGAGAGGAUACUUUGCCAGAAUUUGUGUGGAAGUCAAUCUAGCGAAACCCUUAGUGUGUAAGUACCGACUGGAAAGAAGGACGAGGGGGGUUGAGUACGAGGGUUUGCACAAGGUUUGCUUUGAGUGCGAGAGAUAUGGUUGACUCGACUCUACUGUCACCCUAGGAAUUGGCCAAGUGAAACCACUUCCUAAAGCGUAGUAUAGCGGGUUAGGUUUAUAUGUCAACCCGGGUCCUAGAUUUGAUGACUACUCACUGAGUUCUUGUUAUCUAGCAAUGAAACUGGAAUGCAAAUCUAAACUACCAAACAAACAAAGCAAGUAAACUAUUGUAUUCAGGUUAAGAGAGGUCACCUGGAUAUGGUUCCCCUAGUCUGCAGUUAAGCCGGAUUGUAAUUACCAAGUUCAGUUUCUAUGCUAGUUAUACUGCGGAAGGUUCUUAAACAGCCUAAAGUCUGGACUAAAGGUCUUCAGACCCUCUCAAUCUGAAUCUCUAGCGGGCGACUAACCUCCACCGGAGUAGACAGAUUGAGGCCCUAAGAACAAAACCUCCACUACCAGAGUAAAUCCGGUACAAAAUAGUGAGUUGGCUCCUCGACUAAAGUCACCAACUCCCUACCUUCAAUCAAGGGUGCUCUAUCAACCUAGGCAGAUAUUCUCAUUCUAGGUUAAAGCAGAAACAACAGGAAUUUGAUCAGGAUUCAAGUCAUUCAAUCAUUAAAACCUCAAUCCAAUAUAAUCAAUCACAGAAUCAGUACUUGGGUUCAUACAAUCAAAGCCUAACAUACAAAUCUAGGGUUCUCCAUACCCAGAUGAAUGGGAGAACUACUCCAUGGAGAAAGAAGCAAAAGCAGAAUCAGACGCGGAAUUCAUACUGUGAAGGAUGGAUUCCUGCUCCUGGAUGUUGAUCAGCACUUCUCCAAGCUCAAACUGGCCUCCAAUGGUGUUGAAGAUCAAUCUAGGGCACUUGGAGACUCUUGUUCGUCACUUUCUCUCUCUAGAAGUCGUUCUAUCUCUCAAAAACUCGAAUCCCCCCGAAUUGUGGCUGAAAAUCUGCUUAAAAGGAGAAAAUCCCGACUCACACGGCCAGGGUGGCACGGCCGUCUGGCUUACCCAGUUGCCCGUGUGAGUCAAAACGCUGCGUUCCAAUUAGUUCGAAUUCCAGGCUCUUUGCACGGCCAGAAUGGCACGGCCGUGUGAACUUCCCUUCCUGCCCGUGUUUGCUCUCGCAGAAUGUGGCACGGCCAGACUGAUCACUUGCACGGCCGUGUGAUUGUCUGCUCUGCCCGUGUGUGCUCUCAGCAAAACUCGCACGGCCAGGCCAUUCCUUCACACGGCCGUGUGAACAUCAGGGCAGCCCGUGUGACCUCCUUUGUGACUUGCCGCGUGCCCGAUCUUCGCCCAAUCGACCCCGAACUCGCUCCUAAACCUUCAUUCACUUGCCAGGACCUGAAAUAUCACAAACAAGCACAACCUAGCGUGAAAUCGGUCAAAAACACGAGAAACCACAUCUCCAACGGUGUAAGAACAGGGGUGAAAACAUGUGUAACUAACGGUCUAUCAAUGGUCAUGAACAAGAAGUAUGCCCUAAGAAGAAAAUGGAGGCCCCUUC